CCCGUCAUAUGUCCCCGCGCGGCCGCCGUCGGUGGGCGGGGCGGACGGAAGCCGGGAAGCGCGGGCGCGUCACCUGCGCGCAGCGCUCGGAGCAGCAGCGCCGGCCGAUGGCGGCGGCGAUGGCGGAGCAGGAGGCCGCCCGCAACGGCGCCCGCAACCGCGGCGGCGUCCAGCGCGUGGAGGGCAAGCUGCGCGCCAGCGUGGAGAAGGGCGACUACUACGAGGCGCACCAGAUGUACCGCACGCUCUUCUUCAGGUACAUGUCACAGAACAAACACGCGGAGGCCCGAGACCUCAUGUGCUCUGGGGCCCUACUCUUCUUCAGCCACGGCCAGCAGAACAGCGCGGCCGACCUGUCCAUGCUGGUUCUGGAGUCCCUGGAGAAGGCCGACGUGGACGUGGCUGACCCACUCCUGGAAAGCCUGGCCAGGCUUUUCAGUCUGAUGGACCCCAACUCCCCCGAGCGUGUGGCCUUCGUGUCCCGAGCCCUCAAGUGGUCUAGCGGGGGCUCCGGGAAGCUGGGCCACCCCCGGCUGCACCAGCUGCUGGCCCUCACGCUGUGGAGAGAGCAAAACUACUGUGAGUCCCGCUACCACUUCCUGCACUCGAGUGAUGGCGAGGGUUGCGCCCACAUGCUGGUGGAGUAUGCCACGGCCCGAGGCUUCCGCACCGAGGUGGACAUGUUCGUGGCCCAGGCCGUGCUGCAGUUUCUAUGUCUGAAGAACAAAAGCAGCGCCCUGGUGGUGUUCACCACCUACACGGAGAAGCACCCCUCCAUCGAGAGCGGCCCCCCCUUCGUGCAGCCCCUGCUCAAUUUCCUCUGGUUCCUGCUGCUGGCUGUGGACGGGGGCAAGCUGACCGUCUUCACGGUGCUGUGCGAGCAGUACCAGCCCUCACUCCGGCGGGACCCCAUGUACACCGAGUACCUUGACAGGAUAGGACAGCUCUUCUUUGGCCUGCCGCCCAAACAGACAUCUUCCUAUGGAGGCCUGCUGGGGAACCUUCUGAGCAGCCUCAUGGGCUCCUCGGAGCAGGAGGCGGACGACAGCCCCGACGACAGCAGCCCCAUCGAGCUGGACUGACGCCCACCUGCAUGUCCCCAGGCCGGGCCGAGUCGGGUGGCCGAGUGCGGGGCCGCUGACCGCCAGCCGCGCCCAAUAAAGCACAGGCCUUGC